AUGCCCUUAUCAUCGUCAUCACCACCGCCGCCGCAACAGCAACAACAACAGCCAACAACAGAACCCACAUCCAGUGCAGCAACAUUGCCACCACCGCCACCUGCCCAUUACGAUGAAAAGCAAUAUCAACUUGAUGAGGAAGGCAAUAAGAAACGAAAAAGGCCCCCGCUUACCGAACGCAACAAAUGCUGCCGAUGUCUGUGCUGUGCAUGCUGCUUACCCGUCUGGGCACGUUACAUUGUAUGGUUCAUCAUCAUUGGCAUUAUCAUUUGUAUCAUUGUGAUUGGUGGAUUACUCGGUUCUUUCAAGAUGCCUACGGUGGAAGUGCUUGAUGUGACCAAUUCACCUGGUAGCAACGAGACGCAGAUCACUUACAAUGGCACUGAAUUCGAUAUCAACAUCGGCUUGGUUGUCAAUGUUCAAAACCCGAAUGUGCUUCCCAUCCAUCUAUCCGACAUGCAAGCCACGGCCAAUAUCCCGACAUCUGACGGUGAAAGAGCCUAUCUUGGCUCAGGCUUUUUGAACAAGCAAGUCAUUCCUACAAACAGCGACUACAAUUUCACAUUCCCUUUUACUAUUCGAUACGAUACACAAUCCGCAUCUUCUUCCCUCAUGCUCAACACGCUAUUAACCGAUUGUGGUUUGUAUGGCGGUGAACAAAGCGACAUCAACGUGGAAUACACUAUACAACUUGCAGCACGUGUUCUUUUUGUCACCAUCCAUCCUAACCUAUCCGGAUCAACAUCUUUUGCAUGUCCUCUUUCAAAUGGUGGAUUGCCAGGUUUUGCAUCAUUGUCAGCUUCGACCUUGGGAGGAUGA